UAAAAUACAUAAAAUUAACAAAUGUAGUUUAUUAAAUAAUCAAGAAAAAUUCUAUGUUUUAUCAAUGUUUCCAUAUCCUUCUGGAUUUUUACAUAUGGGACACGUUCGUAUUUAUGUUAUUAGUGAUACCAUUGCUCGUUUUUAUAGACUAAAAGGAAAAAAUGUUAUUCAUCCGAUGGGAUGGGAUGCAUUUGGAUUACCUGCAGAAAAUGCUGCAAUAAAAAAUCAUAUUCAUCCAGCAGAUUGGAUAAAACAAAAUAUUGAAUACAUGCGUACACAGUUACUUGAAUUAGGUUGUACAUUUGAUAUUGACCGAGAAGUAAAUACUUCUGAUCCACUUUAUUAUAAAUGGACACAAGAACUUUUUUUAAAAUUAUAUGACGAAGGUUUACUUUAUCGUAAAGAAAAAUUUGUAAAUUGGGAUCCUGUUGAUCAAACUGUACUUGCUAAUGAACAGAUUGAUAAAAAUAAUAGAUCUUGGCGAUCUGGUGCUAUUGUACAAAAACGUUUAAUAAAUCAAUGGUUUGUUAAGACUACUGCAUUUGCCAAAUCAUUAUUUGAAGGUUUAAAUGAUAGUGCAUUAAAAGAAUGGAGAGAUAUUAUUUUAAUACAAAAGCAUUGGAUUGGGAAAUGUACUGGUACUCAAAUUGACUUUCAAUUAAUAACCAAAAUUGAGGGAUAUCCAAAAUCUUUAACUUUAUGGAUUGAUAAACCAGAAUAUAUUGAAAAUGUCAAGUUUGUUGCAUUAUCUCAUAAGAAUUGUCUUGCUAAAAUUGAAAAUCAAAAUAUUAAUGAUAGUUUUGUAAAGUUAAAUGCUAAAGUGAUAAACCCCUUUACAAACGAAGAGUUACCAAUAUACGUUACUAAUAAAGAGAUCAUAAAAUUUCCUAGCUUUAGAAAUGAUUAUCUUGGCAUUCCAAGCUUAUCAGAAAUUGAUGCUAAAUUUUGUAGACUAGUCAAUAUUUCUUAUGAAGAAAUUCCAAAUUAUACAGAUGAAAAACGAAAAGAAAAACUUUCAAGUAUUCUUCAAAUAGCUAAAGAACGACAAAUUGGAGGAUAUUUAGUUGGACCAAAAUUAGAAGAUUGGCUAAUAUCAAGGCAAAGAUAUUGGGGUACACCAAUCCCAAUGAUUUAUUGUGAAAAAUGUGGCUGUCAACCAGUAUCUAGGGAGCAACUGCCUAUAAUACUUCCCAAAAUAAAAAAUUCUUUACUAGCUCAAGGUCUGAAAAGUGCUCAUGAAUGGUUAAAAACAACUUGUUCCAAAUGUAAUGGACCAGCCACUAGAGAAACUGAUACAAUGGAUACUUUUGUAGACAGUUCUUGGUAUUUCAUGAGAAACAUUGAUCCGAAAAAUGCAAAUGAAAUGUUUUCAAAAAAACAAGCUGCUAACUAUUUACCUGUAGAUCUCUAUAUUGGCGGAAAAGAACAUGCAACUCUGCAUUUAUAUUAUGCUCGUUUCGUAAGUCACUUCUUACAUUAUUUAGGACUAGUUCCUACUCAAGAACCUUUCAAACAAUUGCUAAUUCAAGGAGUUGUAAUGGCUGAAACCUACGUUACUCAAAAUGGCAAAUAUGUUGAGUCAAGUAAAGUUAAACAAAUCAAUAAUGAAUUUUUAUUAGAAGAAACUAAUGAACCAGUUACUAAACAGUGGGAAAAAAUGUCAAAAUCUAAAGGUAAUAGUAUUAAUCCAUCGAAAUUACUCGAACAAUAUAGCAUAGAUACAAUCAGACUAUUGGUAAUGGCAAAUUAUGCACCAUCCUCACCUAUACAUUGGUCGACAUCAAUUACAGCAUUAUCCGGAAUUUUACGUUGGGAGAAGCGAUUGUGGAAAAUUGUCACCCAAUUCAUAAAAGCCAGACAAGGCCUCGUCGAAAGUAAAACUUCACAAUCCUUCCAACCUGAUAAUAAAUUUCUUAAAAUCGAAGCCGAACUGAAUGAUAAUCGUAACUAUUAUUUGUUGGGGGCAACAUUCAAUAUCGUAGAUUCCCAGCAGAUAAGCAUAGCCAUAACGAAGAUGCAAGGCUUGACCAACUCUCUACAAACUUUACUCACCAAUAAUCCGAUCGAGCGAAGUAGGGCAUUCGAGCGCGCUUUAGCUGUGCAGAUAAUUAUGCUUGCACCUCUCGCACCUCACUUUGCUUCGGAGUUGUGGGCCGGCUUUUGUUCGGCUCCUUAUCGAAUUUCCGACGACGUCCUUUGGGACGCGGAUGUUCUUGAACAGCGUUGGCCGGAGAUUGAUCCGGAUUACCUGGUGAAAGUGUUUGUGGUUAUAAAUAAUUGUGAUAUAGAAAUAAUCCGUUAUCCAUAUCAGCAGUUACAAGAGAUAAAUAAAGAUAAUUUGAUCGAAAUGUUUUCAAAAGCUGACAAAUUUAACAAUUACAUGAACAAUAAAAGAAUAAAAAGUGUAUAUUUACAAAACAAAAGUGGUGGAAUAUCCAUGAAAAUAUUAGCCGAAAACCUCAAUGACGAUGAUUUUAAAACCAAAAGUCAGAUAUAUUGUGCAAAGAAUUAG